AUGAUAUCAAACGCCAGAGGUCCAACGGCUCUGUCGUUUUUUCCACACUUAGAUAUUUUUUAUCUUAUCACGACCGUUGACAACAGUUACCUUCGUCAAGUCAGCAGGUCGCAUUCUAGAGGUUAUACCAUGUUCCGAGAAGGCACACCAGCAUCUGAAAGUGUUCGCAUGUUUGCUAAGACUGGGCGCAGUGAUAAAUUGGACGAUGGCGGUGGUGAAGAUUUGAUUGGAGGGAAUGGUGGACGAGCAGCCGAAGAUAUGAUACUGAAUACUUUUGUAGCGCCCAGCGUAUCGACAGGAGCUGCCUGGACUCAAUCACAGUUCUUCGUUGAUGGAAAUCAUUCUAGGGUGUCAUUGAUGUCACGCAUGAUUCCAUCUCCGGAUUGGUUUAUUGGUAUAGAUUCGUUUGAUCUGUGCGUGAAUGGAAACUGGCUCGAUAGCAUCACUAUUGAGGCUGAUCCAAUUGACGCGGGAUGCGACAACGGCUUCACGUUUACCGCGCCGAACUGGCCCACCGAUCCACAGGGCAUUGUAUACCGAAUAAAAAGCAACUAUCCAUCACACCCUGCCAGCUCUUUCUAUUAUCCACAGUUCAAUCGGUUACCCACCAUAGCGACUUUUCAAUUUAUAAAAAUCAAAGAAUAUGAACAAUCUUUGAACGGUAGAGGACAGGCAUCAGACCCCACGGUAAAAAUCGAAGAGAGCGUUAUUAAAGUUUUAAAUGGUGACAGUGAUAGCGAUCGUGAGGUACAACUGGAAAUGGAACAGCAAAGACGAGAACAAGAGUACAAUAACUAUAAAAGUAUUGGCGAUGAUAAAGUAUUGGUUUCCAAUAACGUUACAUCGUCCAUAUCAAUACCAAAAGGUAAUAAAGAAGCGUUGAUGAACAGUAUUUUGGACAACUAUCAUGUUCAAAAACAUAAUAAAACUCACAAAAAAUCAAGGUACCGGGACUGUAAAUUGGGUGUCUGGUCUGAAUGGAGCGCAUGCAGCGUGUCAUGCGGCAUCGGCGAAAUGCAGAGGCGCAGAGAAGUGAUAAAACACCCAAGAGGAGCAGGACGGCAGUGUCCACCAUUGUUGCAGACCAAAUGGUGUGGGAGCGCCAAAGACUGUCCCCCACAAACACAUUUUGAGUGGUAAUAAUACAAGUUAUAAUAACAUAUAUCAUAUUAUGUUAUGUAUGUUGUUAUAAUAAUACAUGUAUACUGUACAUCAAAUUAUUAAUAAUAAUUUUAUUUUAUAAAAAACAUCAUUUCACAAAAUGUUAAUCAAUAACUGAUUCAGAAUUACAAUUUCCUAAAUUCCUUAAACACUCUUCGUGUACAACAUAUAGGUAGUAUUAUAUAUUAUAAUAUAUAUUGUUAUUUAAAACGCUAAUUGCACUCCAAGUAUCGACAACUAAAUCGUGUCACUAGCCUUAUUUAUCGCCAAUCUCCUUCAUGCAAUAUUUUUUUUAAGUUUUGUCUCCUUAUAUUUUAAGACAGAAUUGUAAAAUUUACUGUAAAAUAUUUACUUGUAUAGAUAAGGUAUAGGUUUAUCAAAAACUUUAGAUCAAUUUAAGACUAUGUUAUAUUAUAUUAUAUUUACAACAGUACCUUUGUAUGUUAAGACGUGUAUUAUAUUAUUUAUUUUCCAUUCAAGUGGCCAAGCUAAUUAUAAAUUAUAAUUAAGAUACUAAUUAUGUUUUUGACAUCAAAUAUGAUAAU